AUGAGUCAGAGCUCUGAGUUCACUGAGGAGCGUGUACUUGAAGCACUCAACACUCUUUAUUCUCCUAAUGCCUCUGUCAACAUCAUACAAGAAGCUAACAAGUUUUUAGAAGAAUUUCAGAAGAAGUCUGAAGCGUGGUCCAUUAGUCACAAUAUAUUAUCAAAUUUUAAUUAUCCGAUUGAAGCUCGUUUAAUCGCUGCACAGACAAUUAGAACCAAGAUCGUUUAUGAUUUAUAUCAACUUCCCGAUGAUGCCAGAUUAAAUUUGAAAACGUCUCUUCUUCAGUUGAUAGUUUUAAACAAGGAAAGUGCCAAGGUGAUUAAUGUUCAGCUUGCUCUUGCUUUGGCCAACCUUGCACUUCAAUUUCUGCAUUGGAAUGGUGCUGUCCAAGAGCUUGUCAAUGCGUUGGGCCAAGAUUCUGGGACGAUUCCAGCUUUACUUGAAUUUCUCCAGGUGUUGCCUGAAGAACUUUCUUCUACGAGAAGAAUUCCGAUUACUGAUGAUGAAUUUAAGGCUAGAGCAACUGAACUUCUUUCAAAUAAUGCGGAGGAUGUUAUGCGUCUGCUAAUAUCAUACACACAAUCGACCGAGUAUAACAACAACAAAGUCCUUAUUUUCAAAUGUUUUAGAUCUUGGCUGCGGGAGAUUAAUCCUCAACUGAUUUUCGAGCCUGCCUUUCUCAAUUUGCUUUUCCAGGCGUUAAAUGACCCAUAUACGUUUGAUGCCGUUGUGGAGUGCAUCUGUACAAUAAUUCGAGAAACUGGGGAUGUUGAUGAGUCGAAGGAUAUGAUUGAGGCGCUUUAUCCUAGAGUUAUUGCCUUGAGACCUUUGAUUAUUCAACAUAAGGAUGAUUUGGAAACUUUUAGAGGGUUAACAUUGAUUUUCACUGAGGCUGGUGAGGCGUGGCACAUGCUCAUUGCGCGAGCACCAAAAGACUUUCGUUCUCUUGUUGAGGCUAUCGCCGAGUGUGCAGCUUAUGAUGAAGACUUGGAUGUUGUCAAAUAUACGUUUUACUUUUGGAACAAGCUGCAGGAGAUGAUUACCUUAGACCGUUAUAAUGAAGCACGCAACGAUCUGGGCGAUAUUUACUUGCAACUUAUCGGGAUUUUGAUUACACAUUUAAGAUACCCAAUUGCUAAUAACUCUGGCGAUGCAUUUAAUGGAGACCGUGAGGCCGAAGAGAAGUUUAAAUCGUUCCGUCAUGAAAUGGGAGAUGUUUUAAAGGACUGUUGCCGCGUUGUUGGCAGCACUCGGGCGCUGCGGGUUCCAUAUCAAAUUAUGGUUGACGCUCUCCAAUCAUCUGGAGCACCUAUUUUAUGGCAGUCUAUUGAAGCGCCGUUAUUCGGCAUUCGAUCCAUGGGCCGUGAAAUUGACGAAAACGAAAACGAAGUGAUGCCUUUAAUUAUCAAGUUGAUUGAAAACAUUCCAGAACAACCCAAGAUUCGGUACACUGCGACGUUGGUGAUUGGCCGGUACACUGAGUGGUCGCUGAAGCAUCCAGACUUGCUUGAGCCACAAAUCAACUAUGUGACGGCUGGUUUUUCACAUGAAAGCUCUGACGUUGUUAGCGCGGCAGCUCUUGCACUUAGGGAGAUUUGCUACGAUUGUGGGCCACUUUUGGUGAAUUAUAUUGAUCAGCUAUACCCGUUUUACGAGCAACUUAAGUCCAAGGUGGGGACAUCACUUUCAUGGGCAUCAUACUACACGGUUACUAAAGGUAUUGCAUUUGUGAUUGCUGCGCAACCAUUGGGAGAGAUUGAAAAGUCUCUUGAUAGAUUUGGCGAGCCAAUCUGCAAAAGUCUGAUUGAGCUGUCGAAUCUGCCGGAAGACCCUCUAACUCAGCGCAACAUUGCGAACCAGAUUGAUCUUCUUGAAGCGUUUAUUCGAAACAUUCGGGUGGACGUGCCUAUUCACACUCAGAACCCUGUGACGAAGUUUGCGCUGGAAGUACUGCCUAUUUUGAACAACAUUAUUGAUAAGCACGGCAACACACGGUUUGUUUCCGAGGGGUAUUGCAAGUUUGUGCGGUCGUCAAUUUUGGAGUGCCGAACAGAUUUAUUGGAAGCAUUACCAGCGAUUGCGGAAAAGCUUGUGGAGAUGUUUGAAAAGACACGGUUUGGAUGCUACUUGUGGAUCACAGGGUCUAUUAUCCGCGAGUUUUCUAUGGACGAUCUUGGCGAGCAGAUUGUGGGCGGGGUGUGGAAGUUUGCUGAGCGCCAGAUGAUUUCGUUUUUGCAAUACCUAUCUACUAUUACCGACUUUAGGGAGAUUCCUGAUUUGAUUGACGACUUUUUCCUCAUGAUGGGCGAUGUUGUUCUUGCAUUCCCGUUCCGGUUGAUUACGUCGUCAGAUCUGUUUAUUCCAGUUUACGAAGCAGCAUUGCUGGGCAUGGAUUUGUACGAAAAGGAUCCAGUGAUUAGCGUGUUGCGGUUUUUGAUUGACUUGUUUGGAUAUGGGUCACGGUACCCACCGACGUCAGCGUUCCGGGACGUGCCAGACAAUGUGCGGGCGCUAGUUUUGGAGCUUGCUGCGGAGCGUGGAGGACAAUUGUUUAAUAAGCUGCUGCUUGGGCUGAUCCACACACUACCUAGAGAUGCAGAACCGGACGCGUCGACACUAAUGAUGAACAUUCUGCAGCUGGCUGGGCCUGCGCAAGGAACGGCAUGGGUGGCAGCAGCAUUGGAUGGGUUGCCACAGGAAACUGUUGGUGUUGUGGAGAAAAAUAACUUGUUGGAGCCUGUAGCUGCGGCACUGACGUCGGGUAACUUGAAGAGGAUUCGCAGCUUGAUCCGAGACUUUGUGUCGCUGUACCGGCGGCGGAAUCUGGCGCCGCGUGGAGUCACAGAAAGCGGUCCAGGGUCACGGGUAGCCUCGACGACAUCUUCAGGCACAUUGUCAUCGACAUCAGCUGGUAGAUUUACUUGA